ACUUUUCUCGCAGCUGGGUUGAGGGAUGUGGCAGACUGAAUGAGGGUCGGGAGUGUGGAGGAGAAAGCGGGCGGUACCAUUUCGCCGGACCGUGAGACGACGACUCUUGUUGGAUACACAUGACAUACCCAGACAGUUAAAUGAGCAAAAUAAAAACCGUGGAUUUUGGUCAUUAAUUAAGACAUUACAGGUGGAAGUGGUAACGUUCUGGGAGGGAAAGCGUAAACAGGUCUUGCUCCAGCAUGAACCGAGCAUUUAACAGGAAAAGAGAUAAAUCAUGGAUGCAUACUCCUGAGGCUCUGGCCAAACACUUCAUUGCAUACAAUGCCAAGUUCCUUGGCAACACAGAGGUUGACCAACCUAAAGGCACAGAGAUUGUGAGAGAUGCAGUCAGAAAGCUUAAGUUUCAAAGGCACAUCAAGAAAUCAGAAGGCCAGAAGGUUCCAAAGGUGGAAUUACAAAUAUCAAUUUACGGAGUAAAGAUAUUAGAUCCUAAGACAAAGGAUGUGCUGCACAAUUGCCAGUUGCACAGGAUAUCCUUCUGUGCUGAUGAUAAAACAGACAAAAGGAUAUUUACAUUCAUCUGCAAAGACUCAGAAUCAAAUAAACAUCUCUGUUACGUGUUUGACAGUGAAAAAUGUGCAGAGGAGAUCACUCUGACUAUUGGCCAAGCCUUUGACUUGGCCUACAAGAAGUUUCUGGAGUCAGGAGGAAAAGAUGUGGAGACACGUAAACAGAUAGGAACCCUUCAGAAGAGAAUCCAAGAACUCGAAUCGGAAAAUUCUGAGUUGAAGAAGCAGUUACAGAACUUAGAGGAGCAGUUGAGAAGUUCCAAAGUGUCCCCUGCAGGCAGCAUCUCCACAAAACCGCCAUCCACAGACAUUUUUGACAUGAUUCCCUUCUCCCCUGUGGAGCCACUGGUUCCAUUACCAGCGAGCAACGGAGCGCCGCCCCCUCCCCCAGCACGAGCAGCAGACCUACGGAAAGAUCUUUUUGGCGCCGAACCCUUUGACCCGUUCAUCUGUGGGGCCGCCGACUUCCCUCCGGACAUCCAAUCCAAGCUGGACGAGAUGCAGCGUCAGAGAUGGUUUGUAUCUUUGUCUAACUUCACACUUUUCUUGUGGUUGGCUAGGGCCACUAGUUUUUCAAGUUCCCAUCCUCCCACCCCAGUAUUACACAAGUAUAAGUCAAAAGGUCCAAAGUGCCAAAUGGUACCAGUGCCUGUCAUUCAAGUUUAAGCUAUGUAUUAGUAAAUAUCACUUCACACUGAAAAACCAGAAGCCCUACUAAAAAAAGUUAUUUGAUUUCUUGAAUCAAUGUAUUUAACUUAAAUUUAGCUCAUUUUAUAUGUGUGUUCUUUUUCUGUCUUUUUAGGAGGGGUUCAAAAUGGGACUGACCCUAGAGGGCACUGUCUUUUCUCCAGACCCACUAGACGGUCGCUGCUGAUGCCAAGAGGACUCUUUUUGUGAAAUACUGUUUCCUGUUUCUAUUAAAUAAGUGCCAAAAUUGAAUCUACAGUCAAGAUGUCAAUGUUCUCACCUUGAGAUUUGUAUGUCUUUGCAUUAGAAUUUGGUUUACAAAAACAGAAAUGUUUGAAAAAGAGAGAAAUAUGAUUGAACCUACGUUUUAAGUCUGAUAAGUUAAAACACUAUUUUUAUAACAAUUAUUAAAAAAAAGAAUAGAGUAGUUUUGACACCCCCUUGUACAGUCAUUGAAGGAUGUAAAUAGUAUGUCCAAUGGUACAUGCUGUAUCAAAAAGCUUAAUAUCUGAAUUCUCAUGAAAAAAAACAAAAGGCAAUUACAUUGUAUUAUGUUUCCAACUUUUAUUAUAUUUUAAGUCUUGGUUGUCAUCUCAGAAACAUCUUCUAUUGCACACAUACAUUUCCAUUGUACUUGUACCUGACAGUCUGCUUGUGAUUGCCAUGUAAGACCAUUGUAGGGAUUCAUGAAUGCAAUAUGACAUCUUUGAAGUCUGAAAACAGGAAACACUAGCAUGACCUCAGUUCUGGCUGCAGCUCUGUAAAGUUAUGAAGGACUGCACUAAAACCUAGAGAUACAGAAAUGUUCCUUCAUGACCCAAUGAAUAUGUUGAUCCCCAUAUUGAAGUAGGCCUAUACAUUACAGUAAUAUCGGGAGUUCUUUGUGUGUACUCUUUGGAUUCUGAGACAAAAUCAGUAUUGACCUGAAAUUGUGAAGUUUACAAAUACAUCAUUAGAGGGUGAUGUUGUCCCUUACAUUUGUAUUGGGUUGAAGUAUGAUGCAUCAUUGGGUAGCUAUUGACAUAUUACUGGAAUGCCAAACUGAGCUUCAUCAUGUUUAAUACAUUUUGUAUGAUUUAACAUAUGUUCAUGACUAAAAUGGAUUCAUUGAGAUAUUUUAAUAGAACAUUUAACCAUCUGUUUGUAUUCUUUAUCCAUUUAGCCCAAUAUGUACUUUUUGAAAUCCUCUUGGGUAGCAGAAUUUCAUUCUUUACUAUGUUGUAGUACCCACUUGCACAAGGAAGCACUUUUAAAAGCCUUUGUCAGUAUAUUUCCAUGUUAACACCUAUAUGUUUACAUGAUUACAUUUCAUUUUGUAUGCAGUAUUUUAAACUUUGCCCCUGUAGUCAUUAAAUAUAACAUCACAUGAUA